UAUGCACAAUCCUGCUUAUGAAUUUGAUGGAGAGGAAAACAUGGAAAAAAAGGAAAAGAAAGUAUCAAAACCAACGGAGGCUACUCCAAUAGUUAAAAGACAACCACCUCCGCGUGAGCAGAGUCGAGAUGCAGGCAUGAUGUUAUAUAACCUCUCAGGAUGGGUUAAAGAAAACAAGGAACGAGUCUUAAAGGAGCAACGCCGUAAGCAAAUGUUAAGAUCUAAGAGUGUUAAGGUUCGUAUACCAAGACAAAAAAAAAAGAGAAUUCGAGGAUGA